UCACUCUUUCCGGAUUUAAAAAAAUGCUACGGGCAUGGGGUCCUAAGAAUAAUAGUGGCCAGUUAGAAAAAGAUAAUUGUGUAGUUCUUAAUUUCCGUUAUUUUCCUUAAACAGAACGGUAGUGCUAAUAACAAUCCCAUAGUUUUACAAGAUGGCUAAUAACAACGGAGAAUCGGACGGAUUUGAUAUCCAAACAGAUGAAACUGCAACACUGGGAGGUAUUACUGGAGGCAGAUCUCAGAGGUUCAGAUAUAUGUUAGACCAUAUAAGAGCAGGCAACAGUGAACAACAAAGUGUAAUUAUGUAUUUACCAGAAUCUCCUUUUGAAGUUUAUGAUGAUGAUGAUGAAGAUUAUAAUGAUGACGCGUCCUAUGACUAUGACAAGUCUGAUAAUUAUGACAGUGAUAAUUAUAGUGAUAACAAUGAAAUCCCUUCCUCUGACACAUAUUGCGGAUUUAGGAAGGCUUUUCUUGAAGACAAUUAUAGGUGCUGGAGAGACCUGAAAGUCAGUCAUUUCAGUAUCGGAAUGGAAGUAACUGCUGAGGCAAGUAAAAAAAAUGCUAAAGAAUUAGUUGAUGAAGAAGAAAGGGUGAAGCAAAAAGCUGAAAAGAGGAAGUUAAAGAAAAAGAGGCAGAAAGAAAGAAAACGGAAGGAAAAAUUAGAAAAGGAAAACAAUGAAAUUGAUAAAACAAUGCAAAAUCUUAAACUUAAUUCAGGUAUUAAAGAAAAAGAAAAUAUGUGUAAAACAUGUGACAAUUUAUCAGUAAAAAAUGCAACUGCAUCUUCAGAUAAAAGUAGGAAUGAAACUGGUAAAGGUAAAUGUAAUGAUGAAAGCAAAGAUGAAAUAUUCAUUGAAGAAUCAGAGGGAGAGUUGGAUAUGACUAGCUCCUUUGUAUCAAAAGCUGCAAGCAUUGCUAAACGUAAAUUGGAACUGCAAGAGUUAAAGCAUAAAACAGAGAAAAAGAAAAAUUACAUAAAUAAUACUAUUCAAGAAGUGGAAGUGAAACAGUCAAGUCAAGAGAUUAGUGGUGACAUGGGGCCAGAUGUCAUCUCUAGGAGUUUAGAACUUGCAAAUAUAGGCAAUCAGUUAGCUAAUACUGGUCGGUUUGACCUUGCUAUAAAAUAUUUUACUGAUGCUAUCAAGUUAAAUCCAAAGGAAUUUAAGUUUUUUGGUAACAGAUCAUUCUGCUAUGAAAGACUACAGCAAUAUGAUAGAGCACUGAGUGAUGCAGAAAUAUGUAUCAGCAUAUGCCCUUCAUGGACUAAAGGUUCUUUUAGAAAAGGAAGAGCGUUAUUAGGCUUAAAGAGACUUGCAGAGGCAGCAAUUGCUUUUAAAGAAGUCUUAAAACUUGAUAGCAUAUCUCAGGAUGCAGCAGAAGAACUUAUGAAUGUUCAAAUUUUUCAGCUUAUGGAAAUGGGGUUUUCCAGGGAACAGAGUGCCAAUGCCUUAAUAAUACAUGGUACUGUUCAGAAAGCCCUAGAAGCUUUAUCAACAUUAAGUGAUGCAGGUAUUAUGCGAAAAGACAACUGUGUUAGAAAUGAUUGUUCUGGUGCUACAGAGGAGCAAUGGAUUUCAGCCAAGCGCAAAACACCAGUAGUUUUAAAAUCUGCAUCUUGCAAUCUUCAGAUGUCUAGUUCUUUGCUCAAAACAGCAUUAAAACCAAAGGUGGACUCAGCCAGUUCUCCACAAGCACAGAAACCAUGCUUAGAGCUAUUUCCUGUAUGGGUUGGAAAUGUGACAAAUUACAUAUCAGAAAUCGUACUCCGAAAGGUCUUCAGCUCUGUAGGAGAAAUUCACAGUAUUAGGAUGUUACCUAGCAGACGCUGUGCUUUCGUCAACUAUAAAGAAAGCAAGGCUGCAGAAUUGGCAAUUAAGACAUUGCAGGGUUUGGAAAUUUAUGAUGCAAAAUUACUCCUACGGCCUCCUGAUCAUUCUUAUAAAAACUUAGGAGGUGCAAAUAUAUCAACAGUAAUACCCAAGGUAUCAGAUCCAACCACAGUCUCAGUAUCUCAAAAAAGUGUUAGAGCAGACCCUAUUUCCUUGAUGUCUAAUGUAUCUAUGAGAGAGAAGAACCUCCAUAAAAUCAUUCCAGAUCCCAGAGGAGGAAAAAAAUAACAUCCUUGCAGUUUCCUGUUUUUUACAAUAGCUUACUACUUUUAUUUAAAGCUGAUCUUACCAAAAAAAAACAAAACUACAUUUUAUGAAAAUAAUUUAACACAGAUCAAUUUUGGCAUUUCAAGACACUGAAAAAAAAUUAUAAAAAAUCUUCAAUUUGCCAGACAUCUCAAAGUUAUAUAAAUGCCCACUUAACAUUUUAUAAUGCACUAAUUAGUGAGUACAACAGUAGUGAAAUGCAUUUUGACAAAACAUUUGUGACAGUCUAGAAAGGCAGUGU